AUGCGAACGCANUCUGCGAGAGGUAGCAGCUGCGGGGGAGCGGGCGAUGCAGCGGGCUCGUGGCGCCAGCAUGCGAACGCAGUCACGGGGGUGAUUGUGGGCAGGACCAAGGUACCAUCCCUUUUCGCCCUUGGGUUGCGACUUUGCUUUCUUCUCGACUUGAACACGGCUGGUUUGAGAAACGGGUAUGUAGACCCGACAGGCGGUGGAGGGUCGUGGAACAUCUCGUAGGCGGGUUUGUCUCCCUCGUUUGAUUUAGUGGCGGUGCAGUUCAGCUGAUGGCAUGCACACGAAAUGGCCUCGGCCCACAACCUGGGGUAGUUCGGUGCGUCGGGGAACAGUUGCAUCGCUUGGAUGCGUGACGCAAGCGCGGCAUCAGUGAUCAACCCUGGCGCUCUCUCCGCUACACCGUUGUAGUUUGGGGUGUGAGGGGGGGUGAACUCUUGUUUAAUGCCGUGCCUGCGGCAAACUUCCGCAAACUGCCCCUGGAACUCGCCGCCACCGUCGGUACGUGCGAUAUAAACCUCACACGGAACCCAUUUCGUUCGGUAGUCCGCCAGGAACUUCUCAAACCCAACCGUUGCGUCAGACUUGUGUUUCAAGAAGCAAACACGCGUCCAACGGGAGAAAUCAUCUCUGAUGAUCAGUGUGUACCAGUUGCCACCAAUGCUCCUGAUUUUCACCUUUCCCCCCAAGUCGAGAUACACGCGAAAUAUCUUCGUAACUGCGCGUGUGCUCGUGCUCUUCUGGACGGGUUUCACCUGUCCCUUGGACAUCGAACAGCCAAGACAGGGUAGCAGCGGUCCAUCCGUCAGCUGCACUCCCUGCUGCUCCGCCGUGAUCCUGAGCAAUGUCUCGUGGGCAUGGCCGUGCGCGAGGUUGUACUCGUUGAGGUCAGUGGGGGUGGCUGCUUUCGCAUCGCCAGGGACAAUGAGUGCGGCACAAGCGGUGUGUAGCGUUGGCUUUAUUUGAUAGCCUCCCUCGUUGGGUCAGCAGCUUUCCAGCCCGGGGGAACCACACCUCCCCCCCGGCUUUCGUAGUCAGCGUGAGGCCCCCCUUCAUCCCCGAAUACGUGUGGCCCUCCUCCGCCAACGAAGACAGCGAGAGGAGGUUGUAGGGGGCCUCUGGUACAUGGGCAGCAUUCAGUACUGGUACGGGUACUCCACCAUCUUCCGUCUGUAGGACUAAGGUCACAUCUCCGUAUCCUAGAACAGGAACGGGGACCGUGUCGCCUCCGAUCCCCUUCACCCAACCGCUACGCUCACGGUAGUUCACGAAGUUGUCUACACAUCGGAACAUGGGAGCACGUGGCCGCUAUGUCGGCCACGUACACCGCCUGGCCUUGUUCCACAACCCCCACUAGACCUGUCCCCGCCACCGCCGCCAUCGGCGCCUCCACUGCUGCUUCCCUUGCUCUCCUCGACUCCUCCGGAUCCGCCUGAGCGGCCGCCGCGACUGCCGCCGCCGCCGUCGCGACCGCCUCUGCCGCGGCCACGACUGCUGCUGUGGCCACGGCCGCCGCCACGACCACGACCUUGCCCCUGACUCCUACUGGAGUACCGCUCCCUGCGGUCCUCACCGUCGGCGAAGUACGCUUGCUCUGCGCCCUUCGCCCCUUUUCCUUUCCCCUGCUCCAGCUUGUCCUUGAUCGCCUCGUAUUCGAUCAUUACUUCCUUUAGCACACCGGUCCGCGGCAACUCCUUCGCGUGUCGCAGGUUGUGCAUUGUCAUGGCAUACUCGUCCGAAAGGGCAUCCAGGAAGAGGUGAAGAACGAACGUUUCGUUGACAGUUAGUCCUUUCUCGGUUAAGGACUUUGCGGUUUGAAGCAUCUCAUUUAGGGCGUUUUGGGGGUUUUCACCUCUAGAGAUCUUGGUCGACGUCAGGGACUUGAGGUCCUCUGACGGCUGUACAGAUGAUUCAGGGUCGUGUAUGGUCUUGAGCUCACGCAGAGCUCCCUGGGGCGUCUCUGCCCUCUUCAUGAUUUUCCGAUAUUUGUCUUUCAACGCGUGAGACAGGAAGUUCCACGCGUGGAAUGCGAGCUCUACUUGCUCGCUCCGGUACCGCUGUGACAGGGAAAACUUGCUCUUUCCGCUCUUGACGGGGAUCUCCAAGCUCCCGCUCUCUUCAAAUUGUUCCAACAAGUUUGCGCCAUUGGCUGCCAUGCGGAAAUCAUUUAGCCAUUCGUUGAAAUCUUUCGAUUUCCCGCUGAACGGAGAAGUGUACCGCACACUUUGGUACCCCGUCGCUGGGGUUGUGGCUCCGUAUCCAAAGCCAACAGCAGCACCACCAUCUCCCAUGGCACCACUAUAACCUUGGUUGUGAGCAGCGGGUACU